AUGCGAACAACCCAUUUAGAGAGCAAUAAAGAAAUUUCAAAACCAGAAGAGGGCUACACCAGGCUUCAGGAAUGGCUAGGGAAAGGUCUUCUGACAAGCAACGGAGACCGGUGGCGAGCAAGAAGAAAAAUGCUAACACCUGCUUUCCAUUUCUCAAUUUUGAAUGACUUCCUACCCAUAUUUAACAAGCUUAUAGAGGGAAAACAAAUAGGAAGAGAUGGGAAGGGGAAGAUAGAAGAGGAGGCAAAUAGCUGUGUUGGCAUUGUUAGUGUUUCAUGUCAUUACUUCAAGAAACAAAGUACAAUUGCCUAUGAGACAUUAGGAAACGAUGCAACCAUUCUGCUCCAGCAAUUUUCUCGCUUUGCCGAUACGAAAGAAACUACAGACGUCCUUCCUUUGAUUAAACUAUGUACAUUGGAUGUUAUUUGUGAGAGCCAUAUACAACGUUGCAAUGACGUCCAUUUUAUAGAAUCAGCCAUGGGAGUAGACAUGCGAGCUCAGCAGGGUCAUAACAAGGAAUAUGUUCGAUCGGUUAGGGAGUUAUGCCAACUAUUAUGGGAUCGCGAACGACUGCCGUGGCUUUGGCCUAAGGCUUUGUGGAUGCUCUCGGGGAAAGCAGCUCGAUGUGAUAAAGCGCUUGACAUAGUGAAGGGCUAUACACGAGGGGUCAUUUCCAAAAGGAAAGAACAAAGAGUUAACAGAGAGCGAGAUCUCAGUCGCAAGCCUGCAUUUCUGGAUCUCCUUCUGGAUAUGCAGGAAGCAAACAAUCUUAGCGAUGAUGACAUAGGAGAUGAGGUGGACACUUUCAUCGCAUGUGGCUACUGCUCUUCGACUGCACUUGCGAACACAUACACAUUUGAAGGUCACGACACUGUUUCAAGCGCAGUCGGAUACGCUCUGUUCUGCUUAGGAAACUACCCAGAAGAACAGGAGAAGCUUUUUGAAGAAAUCAAAACCGUGAUUGGCCCAGAAGAUCGUGACCUCACAUUAGAGGACAUUCGCAAUUUGAAACAUACUGACAAAGUGCUGAAGGAAGCUUUGCGAGUUUUUCCUACUGUUCCUAUGAUCGCCAGACGUUUGGAGAACGACAUGAAGGCAUUGUGGAUAGUUUUAUUUACUUGGAUUGUUGCUUUGACACACCGCUACACCUUGGGUUAUCCAAUUGGUAACAGUGGAGAAACUAUUCCGGCUGGAGUUACGGCUAUAAUCGUACCAUUCGGAAUUCAUCGGGAUCCUAAGGUGAGCUCAGUCCCGGAUAUAAAGUUAUAUAACCAUGGUCAAAUCUUACCCUCAUUAAGGUUAUUACGGCUGGAAGAUUACAUUUUUCUUAAGUACUCUAAGAAUCUUGAGAUAAAGUAAUA